UGACACCCCCCAUGUUCCAGAGGAGGGUGAGUUCAGGGAAAGACGGAGCCACACUGUCAAUCGCAAUUAAGGAACCAUGGGAGGAAACUGGUGAGGAAGCUCGGCGGAACCACAGUGUUUACGGUGAAGAUUGUUUUUUUUUUUUAAAUAUCGCGCAGAAACAUUAUGCACCGCUACACUGUGGGACUUUUACAUCCGAUUUCGCCAACUGGGAAUCGCGCUACUUUGCCGGGAAUAAGCACGAAGCGUUAAAUGUAACGUUAACAACACAAAACAACUUAACGACUUUCAGUUGCCUGUGACUCCCCCCCCCUCCCGCCUGCCUUCACAGCCGUCCAGCCUGAGCAAAACACACAAGUCACCGUUGAUAUUUGUUCAAAAGGCGGUGCCGUGGAGGCUUAUAUUAAGCCCAAGCCUUGGAUAUACCCGUGUUUUUGACUCCCAACGCGUGGAAAAUCUGGUCUGUGCCUUUCAGAGAACUGCCUUGUCGGCGAGUCGACUUUCGAGGGAGUGACGGUACAAGAAGACACUCCCAGAAGACAACCCGAAGCCGAGCGGCAAUCUCCCCUCCGACUCCAGGGAGGGCACGCAGGGAGCAGAUAUGAGCGGGGGAGAGGUGGUGUGUUCGGGGUGGCUGAGAAAGUCUCCUCCUGAAAAGAAGUUGAGACGUUACGCAUGGAAGAAGCGGUGGUUUGUUCUUCGGAGUGGCCGUCUGACGGGCGACCCAGACGUAUUGGAGUACUACAAGAAUGACCACGCCAAGAAGCCCAUCCGCGUGAUUGAUCUCAACUUGUGUGAGCAGGUGGACGCUGGGCUGACGUUCAACAAGAAGGACCUGGAGCACAGCUUCAUUUUUGACAUCAAGACCAUCGACCGUGUCUUCUACCUGGUGGCUGACACCGAAGAAGAGAUGAAUAAGUGGGUUCGCUGCAUCUGCGACAUCUGUGGUUUUAACCCCACUGAUGACGAGGCAGCGAAAGCUGCUCACCAGUCGGCCAUCGGAGGCCUGGUGGUGGACACCGCACCGCACCCAGUGCUUGGUAAUAUCGUCGGUCCAGCAGCAAUGCUCACCAAUGUGCCCCCUCCAUACCAACCGGUCAAAGUGCGCCACCUGGACUCUCAGUCCAGUUCAGACGAGCCCCAGGAUUACCUGUGGCUCGUCAACUGUGAGAGCAAAAAGCCCGAGCCCAACAGAGCUCACGCCGAGUGUUCCAAGUCUACCUCUUCAGAGACAGACCUGAAUGACAACCUCCCCUCUCACCGCACGCCCACCUCCACGUCCUCAGCCAAGCACACGUCGCACAACGGCUUCUUCCCGCAGCACCCGGCCCCCGCCUCCGCCUCUUCCAUCUACGACUCGCCCCCGUCGCGCUGCGCCUCCCUGUCGACCGACGGCAGCCUGUACCACCUCCCUCGCAGCUUCUCCCAGGACACGGUGCUGGUCCCGAAGUCCGCCUCGUCCCCCGUGGCCCACCUGGACAGCGGGGACGGCUCCGACCUCUACGUCUUCAACACCCCGUCGCGGAAGCCCUCGAUGGAGUCGCAGCUUCGCAACCUUUCCAUCAGUUACGACAUCCCGCCCACGCCCGGCGCAAACUGCACCUACCAGGUGCCCCGCACUUUGUCCGUUUCGGCGGGCGUGGGAGUCUCAGAGGGCGGGGGGGACGCAGUGCCCCCUCCCAGGCCGCCCAAGCCUUCGCUCGGUUCCACCUCAGGACCCCCGCCGCCCCCCGCCGAGCGCUCGCCCACGGACACCUACUUUGUGCCUCGCUCGGUGUCCGAGACGGACGGGAACUACUGCGUGCCCACUAGUGGCGCGAACAAGGCGUUACGCAGCAACACCAUCGGCACCGUGGACUGUUCACGCAUCCGCAAAGAUUUUGCAUCCCAGGACUGCUAUGACAUUCCUAGAUCAUUCCCCUCUGAGAAAAGCUGUUCGUUUGACUUCAAUGAAAGCUUCAACAUCUACUUUAAAAAUAAAGGAAUGAUGCCAGUUGGCAGCCAGUCCACAGAAGAGGUAGACCAGAACUACGUACCCAUGGGGGCCAACUCGCCCUCACACCACCACUCGGGCAGUCUGUCGGAGCCGAUGCACGAACCCAACUAUGUGCCCAUGACCCCGGGCACCAUGGAGUUCUCCUCCCUGGGGAAACAGGUCCCCCCGCCUGCCCACAUGGGCUUUCGCUCCAGUCCCAAGACGCCGCCUCGCAGGCCUAUGCUCAAUGACUGUCAGCCCCCGCCCGUCGACCGCAAUCUCAAACCUGACCGCAAAGGUCAGAGUCCUAAAAUAAUAAGAGCAAAAGGUGUCGGUUUAGAGCGAACCGACUCUCAAACCGUAGGUGAAUUCCCGAGGGGACGACGCAAGGGAAGACCAGCUCCACUUGAGAUCAAACCACUGCCGGAAUGGGAGGAGCCCUGUACGCCGGUCCGCUCGCCUGUCACUCGCUCAUUUGCUCGAGAAGAGGAGUCCUUCUACUGCACAGUCCCCAUCACCCCUGUAAAGAGGGAGGUGGAGGAACUUGAUACCACAGAGGAGAAUAUGAAGCUUGGUGCCCCCAUGACUGCGGAUGGGGGGAGCAGCCCUAUGGCGAAGGUGAAGGGGGACAAACAGGUGGAGUACCUGGAUUUGGAUCUUGACUCCAACAAGUCGACCCCACCUAGAAAGGUUAAAAGCAAUGGAACUGGAAUAGCAGUGUCAGAUGAGCGUGUGGACUACGUAGUUGUGGACCAGCAACGGACACAAGCCCUUAAGAGCACAAGGGAGGCCUGGAACGAUGGCCGCCAAUCCACAGAGACAGACACCUCUUCCAAGGGACCCAAGUGACCCUGUUCUCCCAAACCGCCAACACACCUUCCAAACCCCCCCAAAACUGGUUGGCCUUUCACACUAGUGUAGGCUCUGGUGUGUGCUUUGGCACGAUCCAGCUGUCACCUUCCACUUCAGCAAGAUCCUUAAUGUGUAGUGGAGUUUAUACUGUUGUUAGGCCUAGGACAGCACUGUGUGUACAGUUGUGGGAGGGGCCAGGAAUAAGCUGAAUGCAGUAUAAAAUUGGGUGGAAUGACUAGACUGGCCUCUGGGGUUCAACAGUUUCCUUAAAUAAUAAUGCUGUUUGAUGUGGUUUUUGGAGUAUGAAUUGAAUCACUUGAUAACAUGGUCACAGUACUUUAUCACUGCAUCGCUCUACUAGCAGAGUAGAUGUUUCAGUUUCUCCUGUUUGAGUGGGGUGGGGAUGGGGUUCCAUAGGCACUGGUCAGCUUUACAGGUUUUUACCAAGUUGGUGUGAAUUGCUGAAACUCACACUAAAGUGUUUACCUAAUACUUCAAACCUGAUCUCUGAGAUAACCCAGUACGACAGCAUUUUUAUAGUUUUAUUACUUUUAAAAAAAAGUUUAAUGCAAGGCAUUUUAACUCGCUGAUUUUACAUGUAACUAAGUGCUCAAUUUAAGCUUUGGAUUCACUCAAGGUUUAAUCCACUGAACAUGGUUUGAUUUCCAUUUAGCUGUACAUGGAGAUGCUUCAAUCUGUUAUAAUGGAAGUGCAAAGACUGUACAAAAGUGUUAUGUAUAUAAACAGGAAAAGUGUCCUUUAUUUGCAUGGAAUAUCCAGCAUGUUUGACUUGAGGGUAUGUGGAUUCUGCAGGGUAGAAUCCUGUGCGUGUCUUAGGUGGUAUCAGGACUUGUUUUAAAUGAAUGAACUACUGUGAGUUUUUAAAAGAAAGUGGCAGGUUUUCUAUAAGUUAUGCAAAGGUAUCAAACGUUAGGCUAGAGUGAGAGAGAGAAAAUCAGGUACUAUACAACUAAUCAUUUCUAAUUUAUUUCUCAAGUAAUUUCAUCAGGUGGAUGUCUUGUCCACAUUUAGCUCAGUAUUCUUGAUAAUUUGCUAAAGUCUGUUUAAAUGCGCCGCUCAAUUAGUUUUGUAAGUUCAUUAAUGUUCCUCAUUCCUCUCUCAUCUUAUGUUUAAUUUAUUUCAAAUUGACCUGGCAUACAGUUUUGGGAAAUUGACAGCCUCGUGUAGUCAACUUGAUACAUCUUUUAUAGACGGUGAAAGUCUUUGCAUAAAUCUGUGCUUUACUAACCUGUGAACUCUGACUCUGAUGUCCCAAGCUUGUGCUACCACAAGUUAAAAUCAUUGCUGUACAUAUUUUGCCACCAAUUAGGUUAACAUGUAUGAUUUGAAAAAAAAUGUGCCUACUAAGUCAUCUUCAUUCUACUUCACUAUUUCCUUAUUGAAGUCCUUUUGUGAUACGGACUGCAAAGCUGAUGAUGCUUUAUCUUUUUUAAUGAAUCUCCACAGAAAUUGUACAUUUUGAAAGUGGACUAAAUAAAAUCCAACCUCUUAUG